AUGUUUCUUAAGCGGGAGAGCGACGAGAGCUUGCAGCCGAAGGGCAACGAGGACUCGAUCCAACUCCAGCAGAUGCUCACGUCCUGCAUGAUCAAUCGACAGAUCCUGUGCUGCAUUGCCGGUGUGUUGGUCGGUAUCCCCUUCAGCAUCCAGCGGAAAUCCUACAAACCCUUUGCCAUACUGGGCGUUCUAGGGUCAUUCGUCGACUACUCGAUCCCAUACACGACUGACUGCCGCAUGAUCCACAAUGCCCUGCAGUUGGCACUGCAGCAGGAGAGACAGCGAGACGCGGAAGCUAAGACGUCGGAUAAAGAGACCUAAUACUACUUGCUUAUUGUGGACA